UUCAAGUGCAUCUAUCAGUGGGCCGGCUGAGUAGAACGGUGAUUGUAUGAUCAAACUGAGAUAAUAUGGGAGGCGUUGCCUGGACCGAAGAAGAGGAUCACUUGCUCAAGAAAUGUAUAGAGCAGUAUGGCGAAGGGAAGUGGCAUCGUGUACCUCUUUUGGCUGGUCUCAACCGGUGCCGCAAAAGCUGUAGGCUGAGAUGGUUAAACUAUCUACGCCCAAACAUCAAAAGAGGGAGUUUUGCAAAAGAGGAAGUGCACCUCAUCAUCAAGCUCCACAAGCUCCUAGGAAACAGGCAAGUUAUUUUCUCCGUCGCUCUCUCUCUUUGUAACAUGAUAAAGUUACGAAUGUAAAACUAUGUAUUGUCAUAGGUGAAUGGAUUCAUAAAUAAAUUCAUCUAAAGGCAUAGUAUCACAGUAGCGCCUACUACUGGCAAUGAUGAGAAUUCUCAUGGGGAAUUGCUUUUUUAUUAACCUUUAAUUUCAUUUCUCAUGAAUGAAGGUAGCUAGGCUUAAGAUUAAGAAAAACGU